AUUCAACAUUCAUUUUCAAACAGAUGAAAAAAGACUGUCUUCAGACUGAUGCUUGACUGACACGUUAGAAAUCGGCCAUGCUGCAAAGUGCAACACAUAAUAUUUCCUUCACACUGGAUGCAUAUAAUAAAAUACAUGAUCUGAAAUAUGUUUUUGUUGUUGUGCUGGGUUUACUUUACCCAGUCAUCAUCAUUGCUAAUGGACUGAUCAUCUGUAUAGUAUGUCUUGAAAGAAAACUACAUAAGCCAAUGUACUUGUUUAUCUGCAAUUUAGCUUGCAUAAAUUUAUAUGGUGGCACAGCAGUUUCACCUUUUAUCAUAACUAGAUUUUUGACGGAAGAUUAUCAGAUAACAUGCCGAUUUGAUAUGAGACAUAUGCCCUACAUAAUUCGUGUAAUACUAUCUUUGUAUUUCCUUAUUCUUUCCCCAUUAAUAAACCCAGUCCUUUACGGGUUGAGAACUCAAGCAAUAAAGGAAACUAUAAAGAUAAAACUUUGUCCUAUGUUUUACCAAAGGCAAACUGUUGUAAGAUGUGUAACUUAA